AUAAGUUCUGUCGUCCCCGUUCACCAACAAAAGAGCGAAUCCUCCGAUAUGGAAAAUAGUUCCGCACAAAGAGGCUGGACUCUCGGCAAUCUAUGCCCGAAAUUUUGACAGCGUUGAGAGGGAGAUGCAUUCCUUGCGGAUUAUGGCUCUUCCCCUUGUUUUUACAUCUCCUCUGCAAUUUUGGACAUUACUAUCAACCCUGGUGCUCUUCUUACCCAACGUCUAUUCCUAUGUACCUGCGUGGGCAACAAAUUCAACGCAAGACGCUAUCUCUUCCGGUCUGAACGUGACGGAUCCCUCCACGCUGCAUCUUCAAUGGUACAAUAACGGAUCAUACAUGGACACCGUGUCUUAUACGUUGGUCGGACGUAACAGUACUGGUGUCAGUGAAGGCGCUCUAGAGCAUUUCUCCGAAUCCAGCGUGAGCGAAGAUACGCCUGGAACGGAGACGCCAUGGAUUGCACUGAUUUCCUGCGACUUCAACACUACCAAUGCUAGUCAGGAAAUUGAUAUUUUUACACUUGCUCGCGAUAAGGGCGCACUUUCAGCGCUUCUUUACUCUGUGUACUCUUCAGCCUGUGUCAUCGCUCCCAGCUACUCGAAUUCGAAGACUUCCGAUCCUCCCUUGGAUAUUUUCUCCACCCAGAGCCUGACCUCGUCGCUUCUGGUCGAAAACCAGUUCCGCCAAAUAGGGCCCACCAAUGGGACAUAUGACUCCCAAAUGCUAAACGAUUCCGCCGCAAUCAUAAAGGAGGCCCUGUCUUCCGGGUCUGGUACUUUGCCGACUUUCUUAUUCGCGACCCUGGAAGCAUACAAUGCUGCUAGCACCAACGGCAGUCAUUCAGGGUCAGCCAAUGGCAAACAGGGUUCUCCGGCCACUACGAUAGGCAAUGGCUCGGGGUCAUCCAAUGCCCUACGUAGGAGUCUUCCAAGUAUGUUCACUGCUAUUGCCUGUAUACUUUUUGAGGGCGUUUAUUUUCACUGAGAAAGCACUAUCUAUGAGGUAGUAAAUCAUCUUCUUUCCUUGAAGAUAUCCGGUGCUCUGGACCGCGCUAACUCAGUGCAAGUGAGGUUUAAUUUUGUCCUGUUGAACUGCCCUAGAAGGGAUCCAGUUGUAUCAGAUACAUGGACCCGACGGAGGUUCUUUGAGGGUGUUCGGUAUUAUGACAAGACUGUGGAACUGAUAAACCAGUUCUUUGGGUGAAGUGAACGUAGAGAUAUAGAAAUAUCGUAAGUAGUCCACGAAGUAACAGUAUCUGAAGAAUAGAAAUAUGUUAU